AUGCGGGAGACCUGGGUUCGAUCCCUGGGUUGGGAAGAUCCCCUGGAGGAGAGCAUGGCAACUCAUUCCAGUAUUCCUGCCUGGAGAACCCCCAUGUGCAGAGGUGACUGGUGGGCUACAGUCCAAGGGGUCGCAGAGUCAGACACGACUGAGCGACUGAGGACAGCACAGAACAUGCUUCCCAGGUGGCCUGGAGGUAAAGAAUCCACCUGCCCAGCAGGAGAUUUGGGUUCAUCCUGGGUCAGGAAGAUCCCCUGGAGAAGGAAAUGGCAACCCACUACAGUCUUCUUGCCUGGGAAAUCCCAUGGACAGAGGAAGUUGACAGGCUACAGUCCAUGGGGUCACAAAAGAGUUGGACAUGACUUGGUGACUAAACAACAGUAUGUUGUAAAGGAAGGGUCCAAUUUCAUUCUUUUGCACUUGGGAAUCCCCAAGUGGCUCAGCAGUAAAGAAUCUGCCUGCAAAGUAGGAGAUGUGGGUUUGAGCCCUGGGUCGGGAAGAUUCCCUGGAGGAGGAAAUGGCAACCCACUCCAGUAUUCUUGCCUGGGAGAUCCCAUGGACAGAGGAGCCUGGUGA